GGGAGGUGUUGGAGGGGGAAAAAAAAGAGAAGAAAGCGGGAAGAGACGGUGACAGGGCAGGGAGUGCGGGCACAGCCGGCACCAUGGGAGCAGGCAGCAAAGGCCCGUGGGGCCACGGGGCUACCGGGACACUGCCCGUCCCAGGACGGUGACAGGGCAGGGGCUGGGAGCACCCACUCGCCACCUCCCACAUCCCCGUGUCCCUGUGCCACCUCUUCUGUGCAGGUUCGACCUUCCUGGAGCCCUCGGCCCCUCCAUGGGCUGUAUAUGACGGAGACGGGACGCAGCAGGAGCUGGGGCAUCACAUGGGCUGGGGGCCUUGGAUGGGAACAGUGGCUCCCCAAAGGACACACCUGGGGACGGCACUGUCCUGCCCCCAGCUCUAAGGAUGCACAGGCUGCUCCUGCUUGGCUGCUUCUGGCUCCUGACAGCACCCACAGUGUCCAGCAUCUUCCAGAGGCCAACUGGGAGCCCAGCCCCCCCGCGCCUGCAGUACCUGCUGGAGCCCCUGCACUCCACGGUGCACACCCAGCGUGGGGCCACGGCCACCCUGCCCUGCGUCCUGCGCGCCCUGCCCCAGAACUACCGCGUCAAGUGGAGCAAGGUGGAGCCAGCCAACUACCGGGAGAGCAUCAUCAUCAUCACCAACGGGCUGUACCACAAGAACUACGGGCCGCUGAGCCCGCGGGUGCACCUGCGGCACAGCCACCGCUACGACGCCUCGCUCACCAUCACCGACGUGGCUCUGGAGGACGAGGGGCGCUACCGCUGCCAGCUGGUCAACGGGCUGGACGAUGAGAGCGUCUCGCUCACGCUGCACCUCGAAGGCGUCGUCUUCCCUUACCAACCCAGCAAUGGGCGCUACAAGUUCAACUACCACGAAGCCAAGCGAGCCUGUGAGCAGCAGGACUCCCGCCUCGCCACCUACCAGCAGCUGUACAAAGCCUGGACAGAGGGUCUGGACUGGUGCAAUGCUGGCUGGAUCCUCGAUGGGACCGUCCACUAUCCCAUCAUCAACUCGCGGGAGCCUUGCGGUGGCCGCCUCCUCCUGCCCGGUGUCCGGACCUACGGGGCCAAGGACAAGCAGAAGGACCGAUUUGAUGCUUUCUGCUUUACCUCUGCUCUUCAAGGUCUACUUCAUCCGGGGCCACCUGAACUUCAAGGAGGCCGGGCAGGCGUGUCGCAACCAUGGGGCUACCAUGGCCAAGGUGGGGCAGCUCUACUCGGCCUGGAAGUUCUCCCAGCUGGAUCGCUGCGACGGGGGGUGGCUGGCGGACGGCAGCGUGCGCUACCCCAUCACCACCCCCCGCCAGCGCUGCGGGGGGCUGCCGGACCCCGGCGUCCGCAGCUUCGGCUUCCCCAGCAAGGAGAUGAGGACCUACGGCACCUACUGCUUCGUGGGGAAGUAGGGAACGCCGGGAGGAGAGGUGGGCUGAGCAGAGGGGGUGGUGGCGGGACACCAGCCCUCGUCACCCGGGCAGAGAGUUUGAGGUGGGGUAUGAGGGGAUGGUCUCUCAGCGAUUUUGGGUGGUUCAUGCAUCAUCUGGAGAAGAAAUGGAGCUGGAUUUAGGUGCUCAGUGCAUGCUCUCAUGGAGCUGCUCCCCACACCCCAGCCUGCUGCAGGACUUGUGGGCUGUUCAAGGCUUGCUGGAGAAGCCAGACCCAUUGCUGGGCCAGGAAGGGGGUCUAAUCCAUCCCCCCCAGCAGGCAGCACAGACUCCCCAUUCCCCAGCUCCCAUGAAUCCCUCACCCCAUCCUCGCUCCCUGCAGCCAUGAGGACUCUCUCUGGUGUGAGCACAGAGGACUUGGGCUGGGCAUUAACGAGCGUGACUAAUGGCGUGUCGCCUUCUCAAUUAAUAAAGCAACAGCAAAGCUGCACAGCAAAGCCACACUCCUGCCUGGCUCCUUCCCCUGGGACCAUCUGGGCCUCUCCACAAGGGGAAUUUGACAGGGACUUUCCAUCUCUGAUGCCCUGUCCAGGGGUUAUCUGUGUUCCAGGCUCCGGGGG